AUGGCGCAUUGGGGCAGUUUCUGGCAAGGUUUAGCAGUCGGUACUUCUUCAGCAACAAUGUGUGUGACCCCACAACCGUCGACAAACUCUGCACGCCAGUAUGAGCAAGGUCCAAUGGCCAAUCACGCCUGCCAUCGAGCGCAAGAGCAGCCUCGAGCAGCCGGGGGCAGUCUGGGGCAGAUCGCAGCGAAGCUCGCCGGACGAGAAAUGUGGCCGGGCUCCAGCACAGCCCCAAUCGAUCAGCCCGCGUUUGCGGUGUUUUGGCUGCGGGUUCUGCGACGGCCAGAAGGGCGAGAGGAUGGCGAGUCGGGGUGGGGACUGCGUGAGCGAAGAGCUGGGACAGGCAAUCGGGAUGUCGGAAUCCGUGCCGGGAUCAUUGCUGUUGGUCGCCCGCCGUUGAACAAGAAGCAGGCACCUUCACGAUGUUGUUGCUCGAGUAACCGGGUUAUGAUCUGUUGCCACCCGCGGUUGCUGUUCACAGCGCGGACUCGGCCACGGGGGCCUGUGACAAUCCCCAAGAGGGAGAGUAGAGGAGAGGAGAGGAGAGGAGGAAGAGGAGGAGGAGGAGGAGGAGAGAGGAGCUGCUGCUGCUGCAACACGAAAGGACGGGACGCUUUGGGCGCGGUUUGCCUCGCGGCCUCUUCCCGCGAGAUUGCAUUUGUGCAGCCGGAAGCGAAUCAGCAGACGCGUACCGUUCAAAACGAGGGCGCAUCGUCAAUCCGCCGGGUGGAUGGAGAAAGAGACACUCUGUACGGAGUACUCUCUCUGUAUACUUUGCUUGGUGCUGCCGCCGCUGCUCCGCCCGACGGGGAAGAAAAGAAGCAAAAGCAAGCCGUCCGUGUGGGUGGGUGGGGAGGGAUGAAUAUUUCCGUAAGCCGCCAUACCGUACGCACAAAGUUACCAGGCCGGUAUUGA